CUCAUAGUAAGGUCCAUGGUUUAAGCUCUGUCAUAUAAGUUUGUUUGUCUUCUAGAUACGUCAUGGGUGAUCUUCGGAUGGCUGAUCGCAUGAUGGCUGCAUUUGAGGAGAUCACGGAUGUAGAUGCAGACUUGCAUUCUGGGCUGAGGAGAAGACGGGAUGUCUUUGUCUCCAGGCCCGCUUACAGCGAACAAGCCUUUCAGGAGCAACACACAGAGAAUGUGAAGGAACCAGUCAGCGUUCUCACCCGCAUCAGACGCAAGGCCGGGAAGUGCUCCUGUUCACCUUCUACAGUGAAGAAGUUCAUUUGUUCGGUUAUACCGAUCUUGAGUUGGCUACCCAAGUACGACAUCAGAGGCCUGUUGCCCAGGGAUCUUAUAUCUGGGAUGACAGUGGGUAUCUUCAGGAUACCGCAUGGUAUGGCACAUGCAAUUUUAGCAGAUGUUAGCCCUAUAUAUGGAUUGUACACAUCAUUUUUUCCUGCCAUCGUUUACGCCAUAUUUGGCACCAGUAGACAACUCAGUAUAGGUACCUUUGCUGUUGUGAGCAUCAUGUCGGGUCAGGCAAUAGACAAGGUGAUGGAGGUCAUUAAACAAGAAAGGAACCAAGCUGUUACCAUGCCAACCACAUCACCUUACACAGUGGCCCCUGGUGGAGCCGUGAACUCCAGUUUAGGGGGUUACUCCCCCACGGAAGAGGGGGGAGUAGGAGGAGGGGGCACGGCCAUGUUUGCUCCGGGUGAGGAAGCCAUCCUGAGGGCAGAGAUUGGAGCUCUUCUGGCCAUGAUCGUUGGGCUCAUCCAGGUUGCAAUGAGUGUUCUCAGGUUAGGGUUUGUAACCUGCUACCUAGCCGAUCCCCUUGUGAGAGGAUUUACUACCGGUGCUGCAUUUCAUGUCUUCACGAGCCAGUUUAACAAACUCUUCGGCGUCCCCGUCCCCAGGCACUCCGGGAUAUUUGCUCUCCCAAAAACAUAUCGUGAUUUCUUCCUCAACAUACACCUAACCAAUGUUGCCGCAAUGAUUAACAGUAUACUGGGGAUUCUAUUCUUGGUGAUAGUCAAAGAAUUGCAAGAUAAAUUCAAAGACAAGAUCAAAUUUCCUCUUCCAAUCGAGUUAGCAGUAAUUAUAGCAUCAACGGCUGCUGCAUAUGCUGGAGAUUUUAGUAAUAGGUAUGGGAUGCCUAUAGUUGGUGAAAUAUCUACCACGUCGUUACCAGCGCCUAUAAUGCCUCCAUUAAGGUAUACAAGUAUAAUCAUCAGUGACGCUUUUGUUAUCGCCAUCGUGGCUUUUUCAGUUUCUGUCUCCCUCUCUGUUAUCUUUGCGAAGCGGAACAAAUACGAUGUGUCUUCAAACCAGGAGCUGCUUGGGUAUGGAUCCAGCAACGUACUCUCUUCAUUCUUCCUCUGUUAUCCAUGCUCUGGCUCCCUCUCCAGGUCGCUCCUGCAGGAUCUAGGUGGAGGAAAAACCCAGAUUGCUGGAAUAGUGUCAACCGUCCCUAUUCUACUUGUUUUAUUUCUUCUCACCCAAUUCUUCCAGUCUCUUCCCGUGGGGUGCUUGGCAGCCAUUGUCGUUGUUGCUUUAAGGGGAAUGUUUAGACAGUUUAAAGACAUCAGAGAUUUAUGGCAGUUCUCCAGGAUGGAUUGUAUGUUAUGGCUAGUGACCUGUCUAGCAGUCAUCAUCUUGGGAGUUGAUAUCGGUCUAGGCGUUGGUGUAGCGGUGGCCAUCUUCUCUGUUAUUCUACGAACGCAGAGACCGAAAUGCGGCAUCAUGGGUCACAUUCCCAACACUGAUAUCUACCGUGACCUCAGCUACUAUCAAGCGGCUGAAGAGCUUCCCGGUCUGAAGAUCUUCCGUGUGAAUGCCCCCAUCUACUUUGCCAACGCUGAAUAUAUUAAGAUGAACAUGUAUUCAAUAACUGGUGUCAAUCCACUCAAGAUCCUUCAAGAGAGAGAGAAGAAAGAAAAGGGGCUUGCAAAGGCUCAGGCCAAGUACAAGAAGACCAACGGUGUGGAAGAGAUCCAGAAUGGAGAAAUUGCAAUAGAGUCCCACGAGAUGACACCGCCCAACAACCACCCUGGUCAAAACCACGGAAACAACCACGAGAUCACAGCGACCAAUGCUGAACUCCUUGAAGCAGGUACUUCAAGUAGCCACCAAAGUGUAGAGGAAGUUGAUCCCAACCUGGUGAAGACCAUCAUUCUAGACUUUGGAGCAGUCAGCUUUGUGGAUGCUAUGGGAUUAAGCACCUUGAAAGUUAUCGUGGCAGACUACGAGAAGGUGCAGGUCGAUAUCAUCAUGGCAAAUUGCAGAGGACCCAUCAGAGCCCUUUUGUUCAAGAGUGGUUUCUUAGAUCUGAUAGGUCUGGACAAGAUCUAUGUCACUCUCCAUGAUGCCGUCCUUCAACACGUAGACAAUGAACACGGUUUGCUGGCAAGUCCAAGUUGUCGCUUGGUUUCUGAACCUGGUGCUGUUGUCAAGUAUCAUCUCGCUGCCAACGAAGAACCAGAAAGACCACUCUCAGAAACUAUUGAUACAAAUAUUUGAAAAUCCUUCCAAAGUACCAGCGAUAUCUUUAUAUUGUUGCAACUUGAUAGAGACUUUCCCUGCGGUCAAAUAUCAUCCUGUUGCCAGCAAGAAUAUGAAAAGUCAGUUUGCAGAAUCUGUUGGUGCUGAUGUUUGUAUGUACCUUCCCAAAAAAAUUUUUAUUGUCAUCAAUGUAACUUAUAGUGUACGUGUACCUUCCGAAUGACCAGUAUCUUGAUAUCAUCAAAGAACAUAAAAGAUGUACCUGAAGACCACUAUCAGAACAACUGAUUUUGAUAUCUGACUACCUGCUGAAUUACUAGAUUUUUACCAAAGCUACUUGACAAGGACUUUCCAAAAGUCAAGUUUCAUCUUGCUGCCCAGGAAUAACGGGAAGGUUACCUUCAGAAACCUUUGACAUUGAUGUCAGGAUAGCUUCCAAGAAGCCAAAGUGAUCUGUAUGAUCUGCAACUCAUAGAGAUGUCCUAAUGAUUGUAGUAUCAUCUCACUAUCAAUGAAAAUCUAGAAGGUUGCUUCUAGAAACCUUUGAUGAAAAUUAUCAAAAUCCCUUCAAAAACCAUAGAAAUCUGUAUGUUAAUGCAACUCGCAGAUUACUUUGCCACAGACAAGAAUCAUCUUAAUGCUAACAAAGAGCCAUGGAGACAGCUGUCAAAAGCAAUUGUCGCUAGGACCACGGUGAUCCUUGCAUUGAGGCAACUCCUAAAUGUAGUGCACCUUCCCAAUGA